AUAAUUGAAGAGAACCUAAGAGUGGAUACCAUGCGCGACAAAAAAAAACACGAUCUUGGCAUUUGCUGAUUCGGGUUUAUCGAGUAUCUCCACCUGAACAACAGUCUGGUCUUAAAGAGAGAGAGAGUCACAAUGGCACAGUGGGUUGGUCGCGCUGCCGUGGUGACUGGAGCAGCUUCGGGGUUCGGCGAGGCGAUCACAAGAAGCCUAGCAAGGAUCGGGAUGAGAAUACUUGCCACCGAUGUCAACGUCGAUUCCGUUGAGAGAUUAGCUGAUUCCCUGAAGAAUAACGGCAUAUCGGGGGAGAUUCAUACCAUGAAGUGUGAUGUCGCUGACGAGACCGCAGUCAAAAACAUGUACGCCCAGGCUGAGAAUAAGUUUGGUGGUGUUGAUGUCAGUAUUCAGUGUGCUGGUCUCUCUAGGGCAUCUCCCCUCCUCUCAGGUGAUGCUAAUGAUUGGAGGAUAAUGCAGGAGGUAAAUGUUUUAGGAACCCUCUUCUGCUGUCGAGAAGCAGUCAACUUGAUGAAGAAAAAUGGCGUCGAUGAUGGCGUCCUUAUUAAUCUAGUCAGUCUUGCCGCAUACAAGUGGACACCUAUUAGUGAUAUGCAUUUCUAUGGAGCUUCCAAGGUGAUGUUAAUGGCUAUACAAGAAGGUUUCAGACAAGAGCUCAGAGAAAUCAAGUCAAACAUCAGAAUAUCGGGUAUAUCACCGGGUCAAGGGAAUACUGGUUUCUAUCCCAGUAUGUUCGGAGAUGUUUCAAAAUCUACUGUUCCCCUCCUGCAAAAGCAACUUGAGGCUGAAGACAUCGCAGAAGCAGUAGAAUACAUUCUAAACACACCCAAACAUGUACAGAUCCACGAUAUACUCCUCCGUCCCGUUACACAGCCUUAGGAACUUGCUUCUUAUCUCCAUGUUGAAUCUACAAAGCUCAGAGUUGGUCUACAUUCUUUAAAAUCACUUUGUGCAAGGAUGUUUGUUAAGCCUUUAGUCGAUUCACAAACUAAAUCAAUCAUACAAACAAUCUACAUAGGAUUGGGAGAGUUGAACUUUAUUGACCAUUCCAAAUUCCUAAAGUAUCGAUAAGGUUAGGAUUAUUUCAUUUAAUAGAUUGUUAGAUUCCUUACGAGAGGAAAGGCGAGACAAUCCGCUCCCAAAAGCUGCUGUACAAAAUUCGAAAUUGAAGGGGGCGUCCCCGUCGCCCGGAUCAUCCCGUAAUGAUACGAGUCCAUCAAUAAUUAAUAAUUAUGGGGGUGCACGUAUACUCCACAUGCGACAUCUAGAGUCGGACUUUUACGGGAUGCAAAUUUACCUGAAAACCAUUUGGCAAGAAAAAAGGUCAUCGUUCAUUUUACGGGGUGCGCAAUGGGGAUCUAUGUGGUGUACUAUUUUGAAAUGUUACAGGUUGCGCCCGCACCUUCCGCCCCCCCCCCCUCUGGAUCCGAUCCUCAUGGAUUAUCAGAACAAUAAAUACAUGUGCCGUAGAACAUGCAUAAUUAUACUGCGUGAAAAUGAUACCCACGAAACGUACCGACCCUUUUUUAUGAAUUCUGAUUUUGACUACUAUAAUUAUUUCCUAUUUUGUCUCAACAAGUAGUUUAUAAAGAUCCCCAUAAAGACACAUUUUCAGGACAAGGUACAAUCUAUAUUAUGCCCUAUUUACCUGCAUUUUUCUUUAAUCAUAUGAAAAAAUAACCGUUUCAGGGAAACAGUUAGUAAGCGAAUAAUCACCGUUGGUGAAGGUGAUGAGCAAACUAUUACUUAUCAGCAUGUCAGACUCCAGUCGUUCGUAACUUAACAUAUUAACGCCUGCUUUACAUCAAACAAAACGAACAUUUUUUUCUUUAUUAUGCACUUUACAAUAACUAUUGAACUGAUUUCUGUUUCUUGUUAAAUUCUGUAUCAUGAUAUCAAAUUAUCAGUCUUCUACCAAAGACAGUGUGCAACAUUUUAGAUGACUUUAAAUGCUCUAUACUGAUAUUAUCUUCACCUAUAUUAAUUUUAAUAUCUGAUUAAAGUCUGUUGUUCUUUAA